GCUCCAUCCAUCCGCAGUUGAGAGGAAAGGGGGAAAAAAAGAAAGCCCAAAAGCUGCUCUCCGCCACGCGGCCGUGCUCGUCGACUCGCGCCGCCUCCUCCUCCGCCGCUUCCCCGCCGGCCCAGCCCAAAAACCCCAGCGCUCUGCCGCCGCAUACGGACAGGCAGGCUAGGCAAGUGUGAGCCAGUGAAGGCGGCGACUGUGCGAGUCAGCUGCUCCUCCCAGAAACCUCGCCACCCUCUCUCUCCGCCGCGAAUCGAGACUCCGAUGGCCCCCGCCGCCGCCGCCGCCGCCGCGCUCGUGCGCCUCCCUCUCCGCCCGGCGCGGGCCACCCUGCCGAACCAAGGUUUUGGCCGCCGCCGCGCCGGGGCGUCUUCGCUGGCCGUGCGGGCGAAGGACUCCGACGAUCUGAGAGUGCUGAUCUCGGAGAAGCCCGCGGAGCCGGCGCCUGCGAAGCGGGAGGGGUGGGAGGGGUUUGGCCGGGAGGUGGGUGAUGGGGAUGGAGAGGUCCAGGUGCAGGGGGAAUCGACUUCCUGGAAUGUUCUCAACCAGAUUGGCGUCGAGUUGGACUCUGAAAAUUCAUAUACUGCUCUUGUUUAUGGGACAUCUGCGCUUGUUACGAUCUGGAUUUCAUCAAUUGUUGUUUCUGCACUUGAUUCAGUCCCUUUGGUUCCCCAGGUGAUGGAAGUUGUCGGCCUUGGAUUCACAGUUUGGUUCACCUCGCGAUAUUUGAUUUUUAAGGAAAAUCGGGAUGAAUUGAUCACCAGAAUUGGCUCCAUCAAGAAGCAGAUACUUGGAUCUCGUGGUGACUGAGUAGUUCUCCUACACGGUUAGUGAUGAAUCUCGAAAGGUGCUUCGAAUGUUUAAUGGGUACCCAUGUUGUGUUCUUGAAAAAGUUGUUAUGAACAUUUAAUAUGUUAUCUUAGUGCUUUAGUGCUGGUUCUGAAUAAUUAGUUAUCACCUCUUCUUUGCUCCCGUUGAAAUUAAUAGUAGGGGCUGCGAAGUCAUGCUUUCUUGCAUACAAUCUUUGAAUGUCAUGGGUCAUGCUGUCUUGUUAGGGGGCUGCUAUCCUUCUAAGUCAUACACAAUUCAUGACCAUACGGCUGGGCCAGGUGGCUGCCGUCCCUGUCAAAUGGUUCCAAGAAGAGUUGCUGAACAUCAACAUAGCCGUGCUUAGGUUCCUCUGGCCGUAUCUGGUUGGUUUGCCGUUUAGAUUGGGAGGCCAACUUUGUGUUGAGAAUAUUCUAUUCGCCCUUCAUGGCUUCACAAAGCAGGAAAAAAAAUUGGGAAUA